AUGUCGACUUCGCGAAGCAAUUCCACCGUCGUUGGCGCUCGACUUAAUGGACCUCCAAAUUUUGGCGAUCCGGUGCUACCACAGUCAAGUCCUCCACCUAGCUAUGUGCAAGUGCGGAGCGUCUCCAGACGAGAGAUUGGCGGCUUUGUGGUUCAACAUGGUGCUUCACAAGAUCAUUCACUGCCUACGUCAGACUCGGAGCAGGGAAGAUCAACUCCGCCCAUUGUGACUGGCACGGUAACAAAUUUGGAGGACAUACGACACACGGAACAAUACGUUCACUUGAACAAUCGAAUAUCGAGUGUACCUAAUUAUCCCGUACUGCUCGAGGGCGCCCAGACCCCGAGGAGGGAGAGGUCGCAACGGCGAUCCUCAGUUGCAAGCACCAACACUGCAGGCUUGCUGAUAUCUGUCGGCUCUAUGCCAGGAUCGGAACCUUUCGACGAGAGUUCCCUAAGGACCUCUUAUGCUGCAGGUUUUUCUGCUGCGUAUAAUUCACACGAACCUGUCUCUCCACUUCUGUCGCCAUUGUCGCCCUUUGAAGCAGCUACUGCUCAGAUCAUGACUGUUCAACGAGUCAACAGGUCGUCUACCAUCAGCAGUCCUCCAUCGCAUCAGCCGUCAUGGUCUGUUGACACGGCGUCAAAUUUCGCCGACCGCUGGAAUCCACCCAGUCAAGGUUACUAUUCUCCUGAAUUAGAAGACCAGCCAUUUGUGCGACCGAGUCAAACAUGGCCUUCGCCAUCUCUGGAGCAAAGAAUUGCUCGGUUGCAGGCGGACCCGCGAAUGCACUUCAGCAAGCCGCGAGAAGGUGCAAGAGACAUCAAUUGUCCACCAACACCACCACCCAAAGAUCCGGGAUACGUUGCUCGACGGCCGACCAAGAAAUCCAAAAGCCGUGGCCUAGGCAGCUUGCGCAAAGCGCACUCCACGCCAAAUCUGUUACUCUUCCCACGCACGGAGCAGAAUAGCCAUGGCAGAACCCGAUCGCAUGGACAACCAAGGCAAGAGUGGGGUAACGCCGUUGCCACAAAGGCACCUGCUCCCAAAAGAUACUCGUCUUUAAGAAAAUCAUCUCAGAUCUUGAAUCUGUGCGCAAAGUUUAUCCAUAGAUCUGUACCUCGGAUUUCUGUUUCAGCUUGA